AUGGGACAAAACUAUGAAAAUGCGCAGUCGUGCGGGUCGGUCCGAUGCUGUUGCAAACUGAUAUCAAAAUGUGAGGAAAAAUCGCCCGCCGCGGUGGUAGCAACGAAACCGCAAAAUAAUGUCGUCGAUGGGAGYUCGGAACGCUCACAAAUUAGUCUAUGUGAUUUUUUGAAUUUGCAUUCGAUCCCAAAAUGGAUCAAAAUAAAUGACGCGCGUCCGCAACAGCACCGGAACCAGCAGCGUCCAAUGCAACCCAGCACGACCGACCAACCAAAAGAAAGUAACACCCCGGAAGACUUACAAUCGUCACAGAUCAUCAUCAACUUCGGAACGGUCGUAACCAAUGGUGUGUCCAAGCGAGACUCGGGUCAACAGACGGAUCCGGAAGUCCAGCAACAAGCAAAUCCGACCACCGUCAUUCCACCGACCAAUCGGUCGACCUCCACCUGUCCGACUGCAGCUAAACGUUCGAUGCCCAACGGUCCACCGGCCGACCCGCCGUCGUCCAAAUGCCCAUCGUCCGAUCGGUCCACGUCCAAAAGUCCACCAUCAGCCGAUCAGUUCGCGUCCAAAUGUCCACCGGCCGAUCGGUCCACGUCCAAAUGUCCACCGGCCGAUCGGUCCACGUCCAAAUGUCCACCGGUCGAUCGUCCAGCUUCUAUCUGCCCUGUACCCACAGCAGAACCUCCUGCAGCUGCACCUGCUCGUGACCGUUGCAGCAAUCGGGAAAAAGCUCCAUCCGCGGCUGUCUCGAGUUCACCAUCGAAAGCUCGUACCGAACCCGUAGUAAAAAAGAAUAAAUGUGGUUGCAACUGCCACUCAGACGUCUAG